CACGUCACCCUGUAGCCUGUAUAAAUACUAAGAUCGCAUUCGCACCCCUUCAUUCUGUUACUUACAUCCACUCUUAGCUGUUGGAUAAAGUAACGCUUUAAUUAUUUUUUUAAUUCUCUUCCUUUGCUCUUCGCCGAAUCCUAACAAUGCGUGAGUGCAUCUCUAUACACGUUGGUCAGGCUGGUGUGCAGAUUGGCAAUGCCUGCUGGGAGCUGUACUGUCUGGAACAUGGCAUUCAGCCUGAUGGGCAGAUGCCCAGUGACAAAACCAUUGGAGGAGGUGACGAUUCCUUCAACACAUUCUUCAGCGAGACUGGAGCUGGGAAACACGUCCCUAGGGCUGUGUUUGUAGAUCUGGAGCCAACUGUCAUUGAUGAGGUGCGCACUGGAACAUACCGCCAAUUAUUCCACCCAGAGCAGCUCAUUACGGGUAAAGAAGAUGCUGCUAAUAACUAUGCUCGUGGUCACUACACAAUUGGCAAGGAAAUAAUUGACCUGGUACUGGACAGAAUCCGAAAACUGGCUGAUCAGUGCACCGGUCUUCAGGGAUUCCUGGUCUUCCACAGCUUUGGUGGGGGUACUGGUUCUGGCUUCACCUCUCUGUUGAUGGAACGUCUGUCAGUUGACUAUGGAAAGAAGUCCAAGCUGGAGUUCUCAAUCUAUCCAGCCCCCCAGGUCUCCACAGCUGUGGUUGAGCCCUACAACUCCAUCCUCACCACCCACACCACCUUGGAGCACUCAGACUGCGCCUUUAUGGUAGACAAUGAGGCCAUCUAUGACAUCUGUCGUAGAAACCUUGAUAUUGAGCGUCCCACCUACACCAAUCUAAAUCGCCUUAUCAGUCAGAUAGUGUCCUCUAUUACAGCCUCUCUCAGAUUUGAUGGUGCGCUGAAUGUAGAUCUUACUGAAUUCCAGACCAACUUGGUGCCCUAUCCCCGUAUUCACUUCCCUCUGGCUACAUAUGCCCCAGUUAUCUCAGCAGAGAAGGCUUACCAUGAGCAGCUCUCUGUUGCUGAGAUUACAAACGCCUGCUUUGAGCCAGCUAACCAGAUGGUGAAAUGUGACCCACGUCACGGUAAAUACAUGGCCUGCUGCCUGCUGUACCGUGGUGAUGUGGUUCCUAAAGAUGUUAACGCUGCUAUUGCCACCAUUAAGACAAAGCGUAGCAUUCAAUUUGUAGACUGGUGUCCAACUGGUUUCAAAGUAGGCAUUAACUAUCAGCCCCCAACUGUGGUUCCAGGUGGUGACCUGGCCAAGGUCCAGCGUGCCGUGUGCAUGUUGAGCAACACCACUGCAAUUGCUGAGGCCUGGGCCAGACUGGACCACAAGUUUGACCUUAUGUAUGCCAAGCGUGCCUUUGUGCACUGGUAUGUGGGUGAGGGUAUGGAGGAGGGAGAGUUCUCUGAGGCCCGUGAAGACAUGGCUGCCCUGGAGAAGGAUUAUGAGGAGGUUGGUGUAGAUUCUGUGGAAGGAGAUGGUGAGGAGGAAGGUGAAGAGUAUUAAGCCAGAUCAUGUUAUAUUAUAUGGGCCCUUGUUUUAAACAUCUUAAUUUUAUCUGAACCGCCAAGCUUUUUAAUUUGCGUGCUAACCAGCACCCAAACUGGUAUGCUACGUAUGACAAUCUGUUUUUAGUUAACCACUAAGCAAACAUUGUUCCAUUGGUGUAAUUUGUACCAUCAGAUCUGGAAUAAAAAGGGAAAACAA